AUUUCAUUUUUUUUUUUUUCUCGACAUAUUCUCUCUAUCAGUUCGACAUUGAGGUCAUCUUUCUGCUUCGAGCUAUAACUGUAACUUAAACCCUAACGAUCUCAAAAUGAGCAAUUGAACCCAAAAAUCCUAAACAUUCAUCUGAUCCCCAUUUCCCUAAACACAAAAAAAUGUUGAGAAGAAGAUUACUUUCUUCACUUAUUUCAUCAACCUCAAUUCUCAAACCCAAAAUCAACCCAAAACCCAUAUCCACCCUGAUCCCACAAUUUCAGUCUCAUUCUCUGCAAUGCCCAAAACCCAAUAAUUGUGAAGCAUUUGAGUUUAUGGGUAUUAGGAGUUAUAGUAUUUUGAGUUUAAAUGACUUGAGGGAUAAAGUGCCCAGAAAGCUGAAGACAAGGAAAGGACGUGGAAUUGGGUCUGGCAAAGGAAAGACUGCCGGGAGAGGUCAUAAAGGACAGAAAGCGAGAGGUACAAUGAAGUUUGGCUUUGAAGGUGGUCAGACACCAAUGCGACGGCGUUUGCCUAAGAGGGGAUUUAAGAACCCGUUUAGCCUCACUUUUCAGCCAGUAGGGUUGGGAAAGAUUGCAAAACUUAUAAACGAAGGGAAGAUAGAUUCUCAUGAAUUAAUCACAAUGAAAACUCUCAAGGAAACUGGGGCCAUAGGAAAGCAGAUAGAAGAUGGAGUAAGACUGAUGGGACGUGGUGCUGAUCAAAUUAAAUGGCCUAUUCAUCUGGAGGUGACAAGAGUGACUGUAAGAGCAAAGCAAGCAGUUGAAGCUGCUGGUGGGUCUGUAAGAAGAGUGCAUUAUAACAAGUUGGGCUUGCGAGCACUGCUCAAGCCUGAAUGGUUCGAAAAGAAGGGCAGAUUGUUGCCAAAACCAGCCAGGCCUCCACCGAAGCUAAAAGAUAAAGUUGAUAGCAUUGGCCGCUUGCCUGCUCCAACCAAACCUAUUCCAUUUUAUGCUGAAGACAAAGAAGCAGUCUCUACUCCUGCUUGAGUUUAUCAUAUGACCAUUCUCGAAGUUACCAUUUUGUACUCUGAUUUUUAUGAAGAACUGUAUAAGCAGAUUUUGGUUCCUGUCCAAAUGUUAGUUCCUGCCAUUUUUUCACGCAUAUUUCCGUCUUUUAAAACUUGGUUUUGUGGACAAGUGAAUUUGUCAGGUGAUGUUUUGAUGGGCUCUUAUAGGAAUAAUGGCAAUUUGCUUAUAUGGGGUCAUAGCUCUAUAUUCACUUAUUCA